AGCACUGCACCGCCGCAGACUAUUUUUGCCUGUGAAGUGAGUCGGUUGUCUCCCCCUGUGGCCUUGACUCUCCACCACCACACGUCCGCAGUGCCGCACGGACGAAGGACACGCCACCACGGAUACGCACAGGCCCAAGGACACAGGACACAUACGGACAUACACCCCCAGCAUCGAUUUCUACCCUCCACCUCUGGUCCCAAUACGAAUAUUUUAACCUGUUGCUUUUGACAUAAUGAUAACCCCGAUUUGACCCUUCCUGUGCUUCCCCCGGGGUGACGUGAGGCUCAGAGAAGACCCCCUGUGAUACCCUGUGGCUUAGAAUCGUUAUAUAGGGGAGAGAAAGUGAGGAAAAUCGGACUGAAUUGUGAUAGGCUUGUUUUAAGGGGUCAUGCAUUCUGCUCCUCUCUCCCCCUCCUCCCUCGGCCCUUUGAAGUCCAUGGGUGUGAAGGGCGUCCCCCGUGGCCUUACCCUUAGUGCCACACCCCUUAGGCAAGUGUAAAGGGAGGAUGGGAGGCCGGUGGAAGCUGCAACACCCCUCGGAGGCUAAAAGACUAAAAAAUCAGCACAGGUGACGCCCCAGUCCUGGCAUGGCAGCGGCGGCCGUGGGUGGCGGGGAGUGGUGGCAGGGCGAAGGUGACGGACUCUCGGCCAACCUGACGGUGCUCGCGGCGGCCCAGCACGGCACGGCGGGCGGGGCGCUGGAGGGGACGGACCUGGCAUGGGCGGAGGGCUACAAUGACAGCCUCUCCACGCCCGCCACCCCAAUGCCCCUCGGGAACACCACCGCCGCGCCCUCCAGAGGCACCCCGAAGAAGAUCGAGUACUGUACAGAGUGGCCCGGCGCGAGUCUCAUGCUCUUCCAGGUGGCCAACUUCAUCUGCCUUCUGGCCUUCCUGGUGCCCCAUAACUUCCGCCUCUCCGGGCUGGUGAUGCGGUCGGUGCUCAGCGUGGGUGUGCUCCUCUUCACCCUCUGGGCCGGGCUUGACCUCUGCGCCAUUGACAUCCUCGCCUGGAACCUUUCUUUUCUCCUGGUCAACGGCGCGCACGUCCUCUACCUGACGUACUCGGUGUGGCCGCCCCGUGUGCACCCUGACCUCCUCGACCUGUAUGAUAAGGUGUUCCGCCCCCUUAAGGUGAACCGUCAGAAUUUCCGGCACCUGGUGAGGGAGGCGAAGGUGCUGUGGCUGGAGGCGGGGGAGACUUACGCCUUGGAGGACAUCACACCCGCAGACGAACGGCUCUCCAUCCUACUCACCGGAAAGCUGAGGGUUACCUGCGACUCCACUCACCUGCACUAUAUCCUGCCCAACCAGUUCAUUGAUUCACCUGAGUGGGAGGCGUGCCCGGAUGACUCGGAUGAACUGUUCCAGGUGACGAUCGUGGCGGAGGAGAAGAGUAAGUAUCUCCGCUGGAAUCGCGCUCGCCUCCGCCAAGUGCUACGCCUUCGGCCCUUCCUGCACGCCAUCAUUCAUAAUCUCGUCGGGAAGGACAUCACCACCAAGCUGUACUCCCUCAAUGAACAGCUUGGUGUGGGCGGUGCUGGGGCGGGGGAGGGGGCGCGGGGGGGCGUGGGGGCGCAGGACGUGUGGCGCGGGGUGGUGCAACGGUCCAUGAGCCUCGACACGGUCCACACGGGAACUAAGGGCUUCGUGCGGUCGCUGGCCUGGCGCGCGUCACACCGGCGGACGUCUGCGACCUACUGCGAUAGUCUGAACCUUGCCGAGCCUCUACUGGAAAGGACGGCAGGUUAUCAGUGACGUCACGCCCCCAGUAAGUCCUCCAACCCCCGCCCCCCCUGGUCCUGUACCCCCCACGGCCCCACCAUUCCCCACCACGACCCAAUGUACUCCGACCUUGCCCACUGCUCCCAUCACUGCCCUGUCUACCCCCCGUGAUGACCUUUUACCCAUGUCGCUAUAUAUGCAACCAUGGCUAUGUUUGUGCCUUCUUGUGGCAUUAUAUAUGAUCCCUAUGGCCUUAUGGAUACCCGUGUACCCUCCCAUACCAUCCCCAUACCCUACCUGUACCCUCACAUCUAUGGCUUUGUAACUAUAUGAGGCUUACCAUGUUAUAAUGUUCGUUAAUGUAUCACUCAUGUAUUUUUUAUGUUCCCUUUAUGGGCUGGAAACUCUUAUUCUGCUACUGGUUUUCUUUCUUUCUCUUCUAUACGAGUCUUACUAUGCCCUAAUGUAUCUUAUUGUAUCACUAAUGUAUUUUCUAUGUUCCUUAUAUGGCCUGAAAACUUCUACUAAACUCUACUUCUACUUAUUCUACUGCUGUUUUUUUCUUUCUCUUCUAUAUGAGGCUUACACUAUGCCCUAAUGUAUCUUAUUGUAUCACUAAUGUAUUUUCUAUGUUCCUUAUAUGGCCUGAAAACUUCUACUAAACUCUACGUCUACUAAUUCUACUGCUGUUUUUUUCCUUCUCUUCUAUAUGAGCCUUACUAUAUGUCCUAAUGUAUCUUAUUGUAUCACUAAUGUAUUUUCUAUGUUCCCUUUAUGGCCUGAAAACUUCUACUAAACUCUACUUCUACUAAUUCUACUGCUGUUUUUUUCCUUCUCUUCUAUAUGAGGCUUACACUAUGCCCUAAUGUAUCUUAUUGUAUCACUAAUGUAUUUUCUAUGUUCCCUUUAUGGCCUGGAAACUCAAUUCUUAAUGGUACUGUAUUUCUCCUACUCUCAAAACACAUGAUUUUUUAACUUUCGUCCUCCUCCUCCUCUUUCUCCUCCGUGAUCUAUUUUUUCACUUGUCUCAAAACACACUAUUUCUCCUCCUUCAUCCUCCUUCUCCUCCUCUUCCUCCUUUAUCAAGCUUUUUCCUGCUCUCAAAACACACUAUUUCUUCUCCUUCAUCCUCCUUCUCUUCCUCUUCCUCCUUUAUCAAGCUUUUUCCUGCUCUCAAAACACACUAUUUCUUCUCCUUCAUCCUCCUUCUCCUCCUCUUCCUCCUUUAUCAAGCUUUUUCCUGCUCUCAAAACACACUAUUUCUUCUCCUUCAUCCUCCUUCUCCUCCUCUUCCUCCUUUAUCAAGCUUUUUCCUGCUCUCAAAACACACUAUUUCUCCUCCUUCAUCCUCCUUCUCCUUCUCUUCCUCCUUUAUCAAGCUUUUUCCUGCUCUCAAAACACACUAUUUCUCCUCCUUCAUCCUCCUUUUCCUCUUCUUCCUCCUUUAUCCAGCUUUUUCCUGCUCUCAAAACACACUAUUUCUCCUCCUUGGUCAUCCUUCUCCUCCUCUUCCUCCUUUAUCCAGCUUUUUCCUGCUCUCAAAACACACUAUUUCUUCUCCUUGGUCAUCCUUCUCCUCCUCUUCCUCCUCCUUCAUCUUGCUUUCCCCUGCUCUCAAAACACAUGAUAACUUAACCCUGGUCCUCCUCCUCCUCCUCUUCCUCUUCCUUUAUUUAGCUAUACCCAAUAUCCUCAUCUAUGUAACUAUUUCCUAUGGUUCUUGUACAUUUAAUAGCUUUUUCUCCUCCUAUGGCACUUUGCAUCUUCAUAACACCUCUAUUUUAUCCUUUUCCAGCUCCUAUAUCUAUGUCGUUUCAGGCUUUUCUUUAUCUCUGUAUCUGUCCCUAUGAUUCUUGUAUAUUCAGUAACUUCUCUUCUAUCAAUUACACUUUGCAUCCUUCUCUUAGAUGCCUCAAUUUGAUCCUUUUCCAGUUCCUAUAUCCAUGUCGUUUCAGGCUUUUAAUUAUCUGUCUACCUAUGUCGCUAUGGUUCUUGUAUAUUCAGUAACUUCUUCGUCAAUUUCACUUUGCAUCCUUCCUACACAAUCCUAUUUUAUCCUUUGCCACCUCCUAUAUCUGUCAUGUCAUCCUUUUCCUUAUCUAUGUACCUAUGUCCUUAUGGUUCUUGUACACUCAGUAACUUCUUCAAUUUCACUUUGCAUCCUUCCUACAGAGUCCUCUUUAUCCUUUUCCACCUCCUAUAUCCAUGUUGCAUCAUCCAGUUCCUUUCCGCCCAUGUCCCUGUAUCCCCUGGCCCCUGGUGCUCCCGUGUCCCUCCCUGUGUGCCUCUCGGUGGGCUCCUGUGUUCCCCUUCUCCUCGUUGUUUCAUGUGUUCAUUUGUAUCUUUCAGGAAUGGCAAGACUUUAUACGUGUACUGUUUGUUUACGACUCUUAAUGUUGCCUCUUUCAGUGUCCUUUGAGGGGGGAGAGAGAGAGAGAGAGGGGGAAAAGUGUGUGUGUGUGUGUGUGUGUGUGUAGUGGCGCUGUGUUGUAGUGUUGCCGUGUGUGUGUGUGUAUGUGUGUUGCCCUCCUUGGUGUCCCCCUGGUAUGCUCUGCCCCUGCUCUGUCUCCCGCUGUUGUUGUCAUCGUUGCCGCUGCCGAACACCGCCCACGGAGGCCUCGGCGGGUCUCUGGGUGCCCAUCCCCUGCCGGAGUGCCAGGGAGUUCCAUGUCAGGCAGCACCGAGGCACUGAGCCGGUCUUUGCCAACAGGGUCGUCACCAGGCCGGUCAGGGGACGAAUCCAACUCAUCAGACCCAACCCUGCACGGCCAGCCCUCACCCAGGCCCCACAGGGACCUCCAGGAGCUGAGGGGGCUGCAGGGGGCCGGGCUGCUGGGGAGUGAGCAGU